AGGAUGCAGUUGUUUUGCAACUGUUGUGCGGGCGUUGCUUCAAACGUCGUUACUACAAGAUCAGAAACCGGACAAACUCCUCAGAUUUCGUUGAAUAAAAGUCGCCAACAUGCCAAACGUCGACCUUGCUCGAGUUGGGAAGAACUUGUUGAGGAGCUCUGACACCGGAGAGAGUAUAGAGCUCCAGUCUUUAUGGCAGGAUCAGCCGGUGGUCUUGUUCUUCCUGCGCCGGUUUGGCUGUCAGGUGUGUCGGUGGAUGGCAUCAGAGGUCAGCAAACUAGAGCCAGACCUGAAAGCAAGCGGUGUAACGUUGGUGGGAGUUGGACCAGAAGAAGUCGGGCUGAAGGAGUUCCAAGAAGCAGGGUUUUUUAAAGGACCCAUUUAUGUUGACGAACAAAAGAAAAGCUACAAGGAUCUGGGCUUCAAAAGGUACUCAGCCUUAAGUGUUGUUCCUGCUGCGUUGGGGAAGAAAGUACGAGAUGUAGCCGCAAAGGCCAAUGCUGAAGGCAUCCAGGGAAACUUCUCAGGAGAUCUGCUCCAGAGUGGAGGCAUGCUCAUCGUAGCCAAAGGUGGAGAAAAGGUCCUAAUGCACUUCAUCCAGGAUUCACCAGGAGACCACGUUCCUUUAGAGGACAUUUCCAAUGCUUUGGGCAUCUCAGCAAAUGUAACAGCAGGACAGAGGCCAGUGUGCAAUGAUGAUGUUUGUACACGAUGAUGACGUCGCUGCCCGCGGUACCUGAUGAACAUCUACACUUCGGGAAGUUAAAACAGACAUUAAGAUGUGGAAUAUCAUUAAAAUGUUAUACUAAACUAAAACUACUGUCACCAUACCUGAUUGAUUGUAAGUUCUGUAUGAAGGUGUGUUAAAUAUAUAUCGUGAAAGCUCACUUUACAUGAAGUUAAGGUUUAAUCUGUAUAUGUACAGAUAAAAAGAGCAUUCCUUUGUAAUUUCUAUGAAUGUUUAAUUGUAAUAAUUGUUGGUAAUUUUUGAAUUUAACUCAGUACCUACAUGUUAAUCACAAUGAUCAUUUUGUUUUAAAUUGAUUGGUGUAUGUAUAACAAUUUCUUACACACUAUGUUUACAAAAUU